UUUAGUCGUUGCUCUUUCCCUCUCUCUCACUCACUAUUUUCCUCUCCCCCUCAUCUCCUCCUCCACUGCUGGGAAGAGUACAACUCGUUUGUUAGCCAAGCACUCUCCCAAUCGAAGGUAUUUGUCAUUCUCCUGUCACCCUCCCUCGCCCUCUCUCCCUUCCUCUCUCACUCGGCUGUGGAGUGCGAACUGACAGAUAUCCAGAGUUUUGAGUGAAGAAUUUACCAUUUCCAGCCAGCAAUGCAGGAGUCUUUUACUCCGAACUUAUUACCACCAGAAUCGGACGUCUGCGUCCUAUCAGACGACAACAACUACAGCAAAUGUUUCUACUGCCAGGAAAGAUUCGGCAACACAGCUGAACAGAUUUGGCCAAACCCAAACACAAAACCAUUCCACUGUCACGAGUGCGACAUCAAAUUCUACAAACUCGACCACUUUGUUGACCAUUUCACUACCCACAAAGUCCAUGGCGAAGUCAGGCAGCCGUUCUUGUGUCCCACAUGUAACAAAGGGUUUGAAAAUAUCAUUGCAUUUUCACAGCACGUUGCAUCCCACAUGGAAGGUAAACUGUACGCCUGUCCUCACUGCGAUGAAUCGUUUGAAUUCGAGAGCAACUUGAUUGGUCACCAGGUGUUACAUAACAAGAAGAUUGAUGGCCUCAUGAAGUGCGAAUCAUGUGAGGCUCUCUUUCCAAUUGAGAACUUUGUCGCUGACCGGCUGAAUUCCAAGGAGUUGUACAGCUGUGAGAUCUGUUUGCUGGACAACUUCUCUGACCUGCUGGAGUUGUGUUUGCACAGAGCAGUGCUUCAUCCAAGCUAUACGUACAGGUGUGCGCAGUGCAGGAAAAUGAGUGUUAGCUCUCAGAAGCAAAAUCCUGGGGGAAAUGGCGGGACCCUAUGUGAAGGGGACGUCGAGAGCCUAUGCAAUGGGGAAGACAACAGCGAGGUUAAGAACUCCGAGGAACCGGGUGACUUGAGUGAUAAUGAAAACCUUUCACAAGCAUUGAGCAUUCUCGGUCAGCAGGCAGGUCAUGAAAACGGGCGAGGGGCCAUGCUGGACUUGGGGGUUGUCUGUGAGAACACCACUAGUCAUAGUAAUAAAAAUAACAAGAAGAAAAGAAAGCCCUCCGUUAGUAGUAACAGUAACACUACAGCUGCUACUGUCAUCACAAAUAACAGCAGUGGUGGUGGUCAUGUGGAGAGUCGUAUGACGACAACAGUUGUUGAUAAAGUUCUUGAAGAAGAUGACGACGACGACGAUGAGAAUAAUGACAAUCAUAAUAAUAGCAAUGAUGACAACAACAACAUCAUUGGUUGUGGGUCUCCGGAGGAUGUCAAACCAAACAUUGUUGAACUGAAUAGGACCUGGAGAUCUAUGCAACCAACAACAGCAGCAACAACAACAGUGUUGCAGCUGCUUGCAUGGAUAUUGUGCAACAUUUCAGCGCAUCGGACAAAGUUAAUGGUGAUGGCUUAAUGUCGCCGGGAUCGGGUGGAGGUGAGCUGGACGGGUGCGUGACGGUGAAUAUGAACCUAGGGGGCAGCAUUAGUAGUAUUGUUGAAAUGAAUCAAUUCUCUGAGUUGUUUGGGGGUCAAUCGAGCGAAGACAAGGCAACCCGAGGGUCGUCAAGCAACAACAACAACAUCAUUAGCAGCAUUAAUUCCUCUUCAGUUUCUACCUCGUCUUCCUCCAUCAUCACUAUCGCCACCGGACACAAUCACACAUCAAACGAACGGCAAUCGGGCUCAGGGGUCUACAGGAAAAAAUCUACCCUCGGCCCCGGUGGUGCAACCCUGGCAUCGUCAACUUCCUUGACGAAGGGCGUGGCCACCAAGCGCAAUGCCAGCACGCUUCCUCACAUCAUGGAUGGUCCACUACACAACACAAUGUAUACAACAGACUCGCAACAGCAGCAGCAGUCAUCUGUGGUGGACGGAACUGAAGACAACCGUCCUUUUCCUGUACUCUGUAUGAGAGUACCACCCACGGUCAGCAAUGACCAGUCGUCAGAGCUUGGGUCCAGUAUAUUGGUCAGUGACAGCCAGUGUACAUAUAAGAUUGGUUCCAUGGCAACAGAGUCCAGAUCUGUCAAUAAGAAUUCCUCAAGGUCUUCAGGGCCCAGUUCCGAGAAGCGGUCACGCACCUCUGCAAGAUUGUCGUCCAACAGCCACCAUGACUACCAGCUAGUGUCCAGCACUGCUGGUAACCCCACCUACACAUCUGGCCAGACAUCAGUGCGGAACGGGCGUGGCCCAGCAUCAGCAAACACACAACGCCGGUGCCAUGAGUGUGACAUUUGGAAGAAGAUGACAACAGAGACAGUGAGUCGGUUGGCGACGAAGGAGGCUGACUGCGAGAUGCACGUCAACCGCAUCCUACAGCUGGAACAACAACUGAAGGAAUCAGCGUCGCAGGUGUCAUCGUUGACGGAGGCGGUGCACACUCGGUCGAGCGACUGCCAACAGUACAUGCAGCGGAUCAAACAGCUGGAGCAGCAACUGCUGCACCUGCUGCAGCAAGACAAUCCACAGCAGAAUCAACAGAAAAUACUGCAACAGAUACAGCACCAAGUGCAGCAGCAACAACAACAACAACAACAACAGCAGCAGCAACAGCAACAACACAACUCCCUGUUACGCCAGACUGCACCUGAUGUCACCAUUGCAAGUCACUCAGACACAUCCCAGUACACCUCUCCGAUCACCUAUGAGUUUGGUCGGCCCCGUGCGGGGUUCGGCAUCAGCAAGACUGUUGUUGACAAAUAUAAGAUGAUAGACAUCGGUCAAGGUUUGUACGUCCACCCAGAUGACCUGGCCGUUGUCCUGAGCAAAGCUGAUGGACAGAAAAUGGUUCGUAAGCUGAUGAAUAUUGUAUUCAAGAAGGAAGACCUUGAACAAGGGGCUACGCUGUCUCCAACUGGCAAAGGGAAGCUUCUAGAUCAAAGAAUUGUGGAUGUCAUGUUGGCCUGGGUUCUGAUGAACCAGUCGACCAUGUGGAGUAGAGGAAGUCUGCGACAGGCAAUCAAUCGGAAACUCACAAGUUACCGAUGUCGGAGUUUAAAGAAGAAACAUGAAGCCAACUAACAAAUUUCACUGGUAACACCCCGCCACCCCCAAUAGCUUUUUUUUUUUUUGUAAAAAGAACAAAACUUAC